AUGGUUCAGUACGACCAAUUCUCUCAGAUGUUCGGCGGUGGCCUUCCAACACGCGAGAAGGCCACAGAGUCUCACCCAGACAUUGUCCGGUCACCCAGUCAAACUGAAAUGGCCGGCGCUUUGCACCCACGGCUUCGGAGGCUUUCUCAAAGUCACAGUCCGCCACAGCACUACUGCGCAAAAUGUCACAUGCGGCGUUCAUCACAGAAUCUCGUAUUGACGCGCAGCCACUCCCACCUCAGUAGCGACGAUGAGGAAUCGGAAAGCUUCUGCCCAGAUAUCUGCAUGCCAACAGAAGUUCCUCGCCCGCGCGUCCAUACCAGGCGACAUUCCGGUCUCUGUCCUGGGAACCUCGUUUCACAAGAGCACAACGGUGGCAGAACUUCGCCCACACAGAUGACGCUCAAACAGUCUGCCCAGCACAACUCGGGGUCCAAUACCAAAUGUCACUGUGAGACCAUUCUCCCAAGUGACAACCUGGACGAAAGAUACGGCCUUGUGGAGGAGCCUGAAGAGAUCAAGCCUCAAAGACAAAGCCUGGACCAUCAGGCUGCUGAUCAAAUGGCGCAGAUCAUGCGCGAAGAACUCAUAGCUGAUUUGAGAGCAAGACAGCCCAUGCUCUGA